UUGUUUAAAACUUAUAGUUUCUGGUGUGCCUGGAGCUCCCAACUUGUAUCAACCGACGGAUGGUUCGGAUAAAACAACAAUCUUAUAUGCAAACUGGACUGCACCAACUGGUGUGGUUGAUUCAUAUCAACUUCUGGUGUAUCGGGGUGAUGUAGGCGGCACUGUCGACGCAAAUCUUACAGUGACAACCAAUUUUGCCAAUAUCACAAAUUUAAUUCCUGGUAGAAGAUACCAGGCUACAGUUACAGCAUACAGUGUUGGGGUAGCUAGUAAUGUUUCUGGAAACUCCAAUUAUGGCAAAACCAACCCACCAACCCCUACUAAUGUACAACUGUCCCAACCAACUGUCAAUCAAACUACAAGCUUAAAAGUGGAUUGGGUCAUGAUAUCAACCCCAUUUGUAGUAUCCUCUUAUGAAAUAUUGUUAACUCCUGCCACAUCUGGAGCAGCAGUAACUGAAACAUACACAGCUAAUGCUAAUUCUCCAUUAACUUACACUGUAACUGGUCUCACCCCUGGUGAAAGCUACACAGCCACUAUGCAAGCUGUCAGUGGCGCAUAUCCACCAUUAUCCCAGAGCGAAGCUGUUUUAUCUUCAAAUACUCAGCAGACAGAUCCCCUGCCUGGAUCUCCUAACUUGUAUCAACCAACUGAUGGUUCAGAUAAAACAACAAUCUUGUAUGCAAACUGGGCUGUUCCAACUGGUGUGGUUGAUUCAUAUCAACUUAUUGUGUACUUGGGCAGUGUCGGUGGCACUUUAGUGGCAAAUCAGACAGUGUCAACUAAUUUUGCCAAUAUCACAAGUUUAAUUCCUGGUAGACGGUACCAGGCUACAGUUAGAGCAUUCAGUGCUGGGGUAGCUGGUGAUGUUUCUGAAGACUCCAAUUAUGCCAAGACCAACCCACCAACUCCUACUAAUGUACAACUGUCCCAACCAACUGUCAAUCAAACUACAAGCUUGAAAGUGGAUUGGGUCAUGAUAUCAACUCCAUUUCUAGUCUCCUUUUACAAAAUAUCCUUAAUCCCUGAUACAUCUGGAGCAGCGGUAACUAAUAAUUACACAACUAACGGUGCUUCUCCAUUAACUUACAUUGUAACUGGUCUCACCCCUGGUGAAAGUUACACAGCCACUAUGCAAGCUGUCAGUGGCGCAUAUCCACCAUUAUCCCAGAGCGAAGCUGUUUUAUCUUCAAAUACUCAGCGGACAGACCCACCAACUCCUACUAAUGUACAACUGUCCCAACCAACUGGUGAUCAAACUACAAACUUGAAUGUGGAUUGGAUUAUGAUGUCAAUCCCAUCUGUAGUCUCUUAUAAAAUAUCGUUAACUCCUGCUACAUCUGGAGCAGCAAUAGUAAAUCAAACUUUCACACCUUCUCCUGCUUCUACAACAACUUACACUGUAACUGGUCUCACCCCUGGUGAAAGCUAUACAGCCACUGUGCAAGCUGUCAGUUCGGAUGUUUCUAGUUCUGUUUCUACUCCUUCUCUUCCACAAAGAACCGACCCACCAACUCCUACUGGUGUAACAUUGUCCAAUCCAACUGAUGAUCAAACGAGCUUGAAAGUGGAUUGGGUCAUGCCAUCUCUCUAUGUAAUCUCCUCUUAUGAAAUAUCCUUAACUCUUGCCACAUCUGGAACAGCAGUAACUAAAACAUACACAGUUAUUGCUCCUGCAUUAACUUACACUGUAACUGGUCUCACCCCUGGUGAAAGCUACACAGCCACUGUGCAAGCUGUCAGUUCAAGUGUUUCUGGUUCUGUUUCUACUCCUUCUCUUCCACAAAGAACCGACCCACCAACUCCUACUGGUGUAUCAUUGUCCAAUCCAACCAACGGUCAAACAAGCUUGAAAGUGGAUUGGCAAAUUACAAAAAACAAUUUUGUAAUCUCCUCUUAUGAAAUAUCCUUAACUCCUGCCACAUCUGGAGCAGCAGUAACUAAAACAUACCCAGCUAAUGCUAAUUCUCCAUUUACUUACAUUGUAACUGGUCUCACCCCUGGUGAAAGCUACACAGCCACUGUGCAAGCUUUCAGUUCAGGUGUUUCUGGUUCUAUUUCUUCUGCUUCUAAUUCCCAAACUACAGUCCCACCAACUCCUACUGGUGUAACUUUGUCCCAAUCAGCUGGUGAUCAAACUACAAGCUUGAAAGUGGAUUGGGUCAUGCCAUCUCUCUAUGUAGUCUCCUCUUAUAAUAUAUCCCUAAUCCCUGAAUCAUCUGGAUCAGCAAUAGUAACCCAAACUUUCACACCUUCCCCUGCUUCAACAACAACUGACACUGUAACUGGUCUCACCCCUGGUGAAAGCUACACAGCCACUGUGCAAGCUUUCAGUUCAGGUGUUUCUGGUAAUAACUCUGAUGCUUCUGCUUCCCUAAGAACAGUUUCCGCUGUGCCUGGAACUCCUAACUUGUAUCAACCGACGGAUGGUUCGGAUAAAACAACAAUCUUAUAUGCAAACUGGACUGUUCCAACUGGUGUGGUUGAUUCAUAUCAACUUCUCGUGUACUUGGGCAGUGUCGGUGGCACUUUAGUGGCAAAUCAGACAGUGUCAACUAAUUUUGCCAAUAUCACAAGUUUAAUUCCUGGUAAACGGUACCAGGCUACAGUUAGAGCAUUCAGUGCUGGGGUAGCUGGUGGUGUUUCUGGGAAUUCCAAUUUUGCCAAGACCAACCCACCAACUCCUACUGGUGUAACAUUGUCCCAACCAAAUGUCAAUCAAACUACAAGCUUAAAAGUGGAUUGGGUUAUGAUACCAACUUCAUUUGUAAUCUCCUCUUAUAUAAUAUCCCUAAUUUCUACCACAUCUGGAGCAGUAGUAAAUAAAACAUACACAGCAAGUGCGGGUUCUGCACCAACUUACACUGUAACUGGUCUCACCCCUGGUGAAAGCUACACAGCCACUGUGCAAGCUGUCAGUUCAGCAUAUGACCCAUCAACCCAAAGCGAUGUUGCUUCAUCUACAAAUACUCAGCGGACAGACCCACCAACUCCUACUGGUGUACAACUGUUCCAACCAACUGUCAAUCAAACUACAAGCUUAAAAGUGGAUUGGCAAAUUACAGAAACGGAUUUUGUGAUCUCCUCUUAUGAUAUAACCCUAACUCCUUCUACAUCUGGAGCAGCAGUAACUAAAAAUUACCCAGCUAAUGCUAAUUCUUCAUUUACUUACAUUGUAACUGGUCUCACCCCUGGUGAAAGCUACACAGCUACUGUGCAAGCUGUCAGUUCAGGUGUUUCUAGUUCUGUUUCUACUCCUUCUAAUCCACAAAGAACAGACCCACCAACUCCUACUAAUGUAACAUUGUCUAAACCAACUGUCAAUCAAACUACAAGCUUGAAAGUGGAUUGGCAUAUUACAGAAGCCUAUUUUGUAGUAUCCUCUUAUGAAAUAUCUUUAAAAAUUACUGGGACAACUGGAGCAGCAGUAACUAAAACAUACUCAGCUAAUGAUGCUUCUCCAUUUACUUACACUGUAACUGGUCUCACCCCUGGUGAAAGCUACACAGCUACUGUGCAAGCUGUCAGUUCAGGUGUUUCUAGUUCUGUUUCUACUCCUUCUAAUCCACAAAGAACAGACCCCGGUGUGCCUGGAAUACCGACUUUAUCUCAGCCAACUGAUGGUUCGGAUAAAACAACGAUCUUAUAUGCAAACUGGACUGCGCCAACUGGUGUGGUUGAUUCAUAUAAACUUCUCGUGUAUCGGGGUGAUGUAGGCGGCACUGUCGACGCAAAUCUUAUAGUGACAACCAAUUUUGCCAAUAUCACAAGUUUAAUUCCUGGUAAACGGUACCAGGCUACAGUUACAGCAUACAGUGUUGGGGUAGCUAGUAAUGUUUCUGGAAACUCCAAUUAUGGCAAAACCAACCCACCAACUCCUACUAAUGUACAACUGUCCCAGCCAACUGUUGAUAAAACUACAAGCUUGGUAGUAAACUGGCAGAUUACACCUGACAGUUCCGUAAUCAAUUAUUACAAUAUUGCAACCACUGCAAUGUCAACUGGAACUAUCACCAACUUUUAUUACAACCUUACUGAAAAAUCUUACACUAUGCCUGGCCUUAUCCCUGGUGAAAGCUACGCAGCCACUGUGCAAGCUUUUAGUGCUAAAUAUCCGCCAGCAACCCAAAGUUUUGUUGGUUCAUCUUUGAUUAAUCAGCGGACAGAUCCAACCCCCCCAUCAAGCCUCAGUUUUGUAAGCUUGACCAACGAUAACAACAUAACACUUACCCUAGUGGGACCAGCAUCUCCAACCAUUUUUACUGGGUAUAAUCUAAACUAUACUGAGAGUGGAAAAUCAAUGUUUAAACAAAUAAACGAAAACACUUCUCCCGUCAACACCACCAUUAGCAAUCUUGUCCCAAACAUACAAUACACGUUUUCAGUUACUGUAUACUCAGGCUCCUCUAGUAGUAGCCAAACAAAUUCCACUCCAGCUGAUCCGAUAUUUCGUACAACAUAUCCAGGAACACCUACAAAUGUAGCCAUUACAACAGUAUCUACUACAGAGGUGAACGUUACGUUUACCCAACCAAAAAAUGGUGCGAACAUUUAUAUUGCUACACUAACUGGAGUUACGAUCAAUGAGCAAAGAAAUGGGUCAAACAGUAGUUCCCCUGUACAAGUUGGUGGUUUGUCACCAGGGCAUACAUACAGUGCAGUGGUAUCUGCAUCUGCAUCUGCAACGAUUCUGGUUGAAGGUGUAGCUUCCUCUGCGAUAAUUCACACCAUAAAACCGGAACCAGUGACAAAUUUUCGCUCAACUGAACAAACAAGUUACAGCAUAUACAUGUCAUGGGAUCUUCCAACUCUUGGAAUUUUUCAAUCACAGAACGUAACUUACGUACCAUCUGAUAGUUCUGAAAAUGCGAUAGUUGUUUCCCUUGGAAAUGAAACAACAUCCUACAACAUAACAGGCCUUACAUCUGGUGUGAAAUAUACCAUUUCAGUGAUUACUAUCAGCAAUAACAUUGAGUCUGAUCCAGCAACAGAUGAAAGCAUGACAGUAACACUUGGAGUGUCGAAUUUGCUAGCAGCAAACCAAACUACUCGUAGCAUCUUUGUAACAUGGCAAGCACCACCAGCAGAAGUUAAAUUUACUAAAUACAGUUUGGAAUACUCUGUAUGGGAUCUAUUGAUGAUGUCAGAAAACAUAACAAGGGUAUCUGUGCAUAAAUCAGAUACCUCUUAUAAUAUAACUGCACUUGAACCUGGAACUCUAUACACUGUCACAGUAUCUACAGUAAGUGGUACUACCAGAGGACAACCAAGAGAAAAUCAAUUCCCGACAGCACCUUUGCUUGCGGAGUUUACCAUCAAGGCAAGAGGUCAUGAAUUUCUGAGUAUUGAAAUUCUCAAUCCACUCCUUGGAAGUGACCAUUAUAUAACAUGGUCCAAUACACACUCUAUAUGGUUGCUUAACCAUACCCACCAAUACACCAUCACCAAUCUUACUGCUGGGGAAGAAUUGGUCGUUUCAGUCACCACUGCGGCCAAUAAUAUAUCAUCGAUACCAGCACACAAGCGUACAAGAACAAAUCCGAACCCACCAGACAAGUUGAAACUGGAACAAAUUGCAACAGAUAAGUUGUUGCUGACGUGGUCUCAUCCUAUUUCCGGGUUCUGGGACUCCUAUGACAUCACAUAUUACAAUACCAGCGUUCUGGCUUCUGUAAUACUUCCUAAUACUACAAGUCAAUGGAUGAUAAGAAGCUACAUACCUGGGCUCAUAUGUGCCAUCAAUAUAACAUCAGUGUCUGGUGAUUAUCAUAGUGAGACAAAACAUGCCGCGAUACAGACUUGUCCCCCUGUUGCUACAAACAUAUCCAUAACUGCAUCAAACACAACUUGUGUACAUGGUACCAUCAUAUACGUGGGCCGGGGAAUUAUUCACUUUUACUCGCUCACAUGGGGGUUUCAUGGAAGCAAGCUUGUGCCUUACCAUCCACACAUAACCCACUUUAACUUAUGUGGACUGCAGGCAGGUGUUGAGUACGACAUAAACGUCGUUUCGUUGGCAGGAAAUGUAUCCUCCACCUACAACAUAAGCACGUCUGCCUACACUGAACCGAAUUCUGUCCUUUCCGUUAUGUUGUCUUCCGUCUCCAUUACGGAAAUUUCCGUUCAAUGGACACGUAACUCUGGUGGGGUUAGUGGUUAUGAAGUAAUAGCCACAAACAGUAAUUGCGUCGUUGAAGCAAAUAUCACAAUUGCUGGUAAUACAACUUUAUCUACGACACUGAGCGGUCUUACCCCAGGCACUGUGUUUAAUGUUCAAGUCAAAGCUUUGUUCUCUGCUUUGAAAAGUUUCCCCGUCUACCAGUCCGCACCUACUUAUCCAGCUGAGGUAUCCAGUCUUGCCAUUCCUUCUGUAUUUCCCGGUACACUGGUCCAAAUAUCAUGGCAACCUCCUACACGCGGUGCUGCUGAUAGCUACAGAGUCAGUAUUAAUUCAAACGGAACGGUUACCACAACUCAUGUGAAUGUAACUAACUUUACAACCACUCUUGUCCAUGGAAGAAGAUAUAUCGUCACAGUAUAUUCCAUCUUUAGUGGUCUGCUCAGUUCUGGGAUCACAAGCACCACAACUAUACAACCUGACUCAGUGAAAAACCUUACUGUGGUUCAAGGCAGUGAUCCAACCAAGACACUGAGUGUAACUUGGGGCUCACCUGGAGGGGAAGGGGAGAUAAUUUAUGUAAACUACACUGAUCCAGAAGGGGGAGACAAAUCUAUCCAGACAAAUUUUUACGAAACUUCCGCAACUCUCACUGUCCUACCUGGUUAUAAUUACACAGUGAUGGUGUCAGUUACAGCAUAUGGCUUGAAUAGUGUUAUACAAACAAUGACUAAGAAUACAAAGCCAGCCAUACCUGUGAUCACAAGCGCAACAUUGACGACAUCAAAACUUACUUUAGCAUGGAGCAUAGAAGGCCAGGCUCAAAGUUUUGACGUAUUUUGGAACCAAGUAACAAGUCCUUCAAACUCAGAUACUUUUCUUCUUGCUGGUACUGACAGGCAACAUGUCUUUAAUUUCAACAAACCAUUCACAGAGUUCAAUGUCAUGAUUAAAUCGAGGAUAAAUAAUGUUAAUGGCGUAAUUGAAAACAGCGACACUUUUACUGAACUCUACAAAACUAAUGCUGGCCCCCCAGAAGAACCCAAUAUCACCCAACCAGUGAACACAGGAUCAACAUCGAACAUGAAUACAAUAACAAUCAUAUUGCCGGCCAAUACUUUUAAUGAUAAACAAGGUCCCAUUGAAGCGUUUGGUGUCUACAUCACUAAAGAAACACAAAAGAAGCCUGGUCCACAACCUGACUUAUCAAGGAAUGAUUCUUGCACAAAUUUAAUGACUGAAUGUGUAGCUGUAUGGUACACUCCUGCUGGUGUGGCGAACACCCCUUCAACAUCAAGUCGCAAAAAACGAAGUUAUGACAAUCCUAUUGGGAAUAACCUAAUUACAUUUGUAAUUGGAAGUGGUGAAUCCACGAUAUCUCCAUGGAAAACACUGUUUGUUAACUUACCUCUUGCUGUGGAUACACCUUAUGUUGUUGCCGUGGCAGCAAAGACUUCAAAUAAUGUUUUAGUUUCAACCAACUGGUCGCAACCUAUAAGAACAGAAACUCCAGUUCCUCCAGCACCAAACGUUGGAUUGAUUGUCGGCCUCACUGUGGCUUGUGUUGUUAUUGUCGUGUUGCUGAUUGUAGUGGCUUGGUUUUAUAGGAAGAGGAGAAAGGAAUCAAAGAAAGACGUCUCAAGUGAAAACCAAAUUCCACUUGAUCCAUCCACUACAAUAGACAACCCCCAUGCCUUGGACAUGGAACGAAGGCAACAACGCAAGACCAAAGUGAUUCAAUUGGCUGAGUUUCUUGACUUACUUAAAGUCAUGAAAGCAGAUUCUGAUUUUAAAUUCUCAGAAGAGUAUGAGGAAUUCAAGACCGUUGGGCGAGACCAGGCAACAGUUGCUGCUCUGUUGCCCGAAAAUCGUGGCAAGAACCGUUACACCAACAUUCUGCCAUAUGAUGCAACUCGUGUAAAGUUAUCUGCAAUUGACGACGAACAAGGAACGGAUUACAUCAAUGCUAACUUUAUCCCGGGCAACAACAAUCGUCAGCGCGAGUACAUCGCCACUCAAGGUCCUCUUCCAGGAACAAAGGAAGAUUUUUGGAGGAUGGUUUGGGAGCAAAACUCGAGGAACAUUGUGAUGGUGACACAGACUGUGGAGAGAGGCAAGAUAAAGUGCGACCACUACUGGCCAUUCGACAACGAACCAAUCACAGUGGCUGAUUACACGCUACAGAUGACAUCAGAAUCCAUUCUUCCUGAGUGGACGAUCCGUGAAUUCAAGAUCACACACGGGUCUGACACUCGUAGGAUCCGACAGUUCCAUUACACAGUAUGGCCCGAUCAUGGUGUGCCAGACACCGCUGAAACACUCGUUAAGUUCAUUCGUUACGUUCGUCGAACUAUUGACAGGGAAGCGAAACAUAGCGGACCAACCGUUGUUCACUGCAGUGCUGGAGUUGGUCGUACAGGAACAUUUAUCGCAAUGGAUCGACUUCUUCAACAUCUUCCCGACAAUAAUUACGUCGAUAUCUUUGGGAUCGUUCAUCAAAUGCGAAUUCAUCGUGUGUUUAUGGUGCAGACAGAGAGCCAGUAUAUCCUCAUCCACCAGAUGGUUCAAGAUAUUCUCAACCGAGUUUAUGACGAAGAUGACGAUGACCAGGAACCUGUGUAUGAAAACACAACCACCAUAAGUGAUCCCAUAUAUGAGAAUGCUGAGUUUAAUGGCAAGCAGAAGAAUGGGGGAGUGGUCAACCCUGCUUUAAUCAGCCCUUCUGAAGAUGAUCAAAAUAAAGAAGACAGUGAAGAAGAAGGAGAAGAAGAGAGUGAGGAAGAAGGGGAAGAAGAGAGUGAAGAAGAAGGCAAUGAAGAGAAUGAUCAGAAUGAAUCUAAACUCAUCUCUGGAUCAGGAGGACCAAAUCAUGAUCCUUCUGUGAUAAUUAAACAAGAUGCAGUGGAAGAGACUUCGAAAGAAAGAGCUUCGUCAAAUCAAAAUCUAAUUUACCCACCCAUAAAUGAACCCCCUUACCCCAACCCUAAUGUUGAACACACCCCUAUGAUUCGGGCAUACACGGGGCUACCCCGAACCCCACUGAAUCGUGACAAACACCCCACUCGCAGCUUAUCAACCUAUAACCCCUCUUACCCCCAAAAACAUGGGUAUCCCCCUCCAAACCCCAUUCCAUACAAUGAAGCGAAACUUGCAACCUUAGAAUCCAAAUCCCCGACCCACCAACCAAUUUAAUCUUUAUAUUAUUUUUAUUUUCUGCUUCACAAAAACUUCCUCAUUUAUCGAAAUUUAUUUAUUUUUGAAAAAAUUUGAAAAACAAUUUUUAAACGUCAUUUUUUUUAUAAAAAACAUUUUCAAAAGUUUUGUUAACCCAAAGUUGUAAUACAUAAAGUUUGUUUGUUUACUAAUCUUCUGAUAUUUGCACAUAUCUAUUAUGUAUUAGAAGGUGUAUGUAUCUUGCGUGUGCCAGAAGAUUGGUUGCAAAAUCGCAUAAAAUUAAUCUUUCAACGGCUCAUUUGGAAAAAAAAGGAGAAAAAAACAAAAAUAUUUUGACAGGCAAAAUAUCGGAAAUACACUACGUUUUUUAUACCAGAUGAGCUGUUAAAAUAUUAAAUACCUUUUCCUGGUAGCAGCAGCAUAAAACACAAAUACUUGAGGAAGUUUUGUGUUUAUUUUCUUUUCUUACUUUACAUUCAUCAUCAUAUAACCUUGUAACUUCAUUUCAAACAUUUCAACUAAUUACAUUACACGUAUCCUUACUGGUAUAAAAUGAAAACUAAAUAAAAUUCAACACAGGGUGCCGAUAACCGUAAAUUGAAACCUGUUUUGUAUUGAACUGUUAAAACCAUUACUUAACCAUAAAAAUAUGUCAUCCCUCUUCAAAAUCUCAUCUUACUGUUACUUCAGGCCUAUAUUCCCUGCAACACAAACCCAUAUUUGUAAAACAUUUUAUAACUCCCUGUAAAAUAGUAAUCUUACAAACCAUUCCACAUAUUUAAAACUGUAUAUCCCCUUUCAUAACCCAUCAUCACAACCCACCCUCUAUUCUACUUCUAUGCAAACCCCAACCCCCUAUAUAUCACCCACUCUUGCCCCACACAAAAUUUCACAAAUGCCCCGAAACUAUUCGUCUUGUCCACAUAAAUCUUAGCUAUUGCCCCAUUUUUACACCCCUACCAAGCUACCACCACCGCCGAAACCCCCUAUAACCCCAUUUUCGCACCCAUGCCCUUAUCAUUAGCCCACGCCACGCCCCCCCCCCUCGUUUACAAAACCCCCAAUAGCCCCCAUUUCCACAACCCAUUAACCUGGCCAUCACCCCCAAACCCCCUAUAGCCCCAAAACCCCCAACCCUCGCAUGACCCAUCAUCAUCAUCCACCACACGAGAAUCUACGGACAGUGAAUUUGAUGAUGAUGAUGAUGAUGAAGAACAUCCGCGUGCAUAAACUAUUUCAAAUUUGUGUAAAUUUGGUAUCCAGGGUUUUGUUGUGGGUGUAAAACUUGUAUUUAAAUCACACGCACCACGUUAGGUUUAUUAUUACGCACGAUUUACUUUGUCUUUUCUAUUUAAUUGUUCUAGAAAAGUGCACAAUGCUGUAUUCGUUUCUUUGUUUAAUAUUAAUUAGCAUAAUUACUAACCACCAUAACGAACCCAAAAGUCAACAGAUAUGUUGCUUAUGUUAGACCAGUCUAAGCUACAGCAGCCUGCGGCAAACUCAGUCUGCACUUUUUUGUAGAUUUUUUCUUAAUUUUGUCCUGUUUUCGGAAACUUCCAAUUUUUUGUUAUUUUUACAUAAAAUGAAUUAUUUAAAUCGACCAAUCACAUACUUUUGAUUGUUUUAUCACUUGAUCUUAACAAUAUUCAUUGUUACUGGUUGAUAUUUAUAUUCCUUGCUUCAAUUCCAACUUUUUUAUUGUAAUAUUUCAUAAAAGUAAUUUUCAGUGAUUCCCCAUUCGGUGUGUUUUGUAGAGAUUAUUAUCAGUAAAAUGCACCAUAAUUUUAAAAAGGAAACACUGGCAUAAAAUAUGCAAUGCAAUGUGUAUAUAGAUAGAUGUGGCACUUACCACUGAGUUGUGUAUAAUAUUAUGAUGUCAUAGUUUAACUUUGCUGAAAUAAAUCAUGAUCACAAAUACUG